AUGGAAUCUUUAUCGGAAACGAAAGAAGAGCUGCAAUUGUCAGUUGUAUGAAAUCUGAGCUUGGUUCCCUCUCCACUUCACAAAACCAAACUCAGUGUGUUGCUUACAGAUAGCAACUGUGAGAAGAUCUGGACUUCAUUGACAGAAGCUCAUCGACCUACCCUCAUGAACGAUCAUUACAUCCAUCGUCAAUGGAACACCGCGUUCAACCAGCCUCAGGUCCAGCUCGAGCAGGAGUACGAUUAUCAGCAGCUCCAAUCCAAUGAUUCACAGUACAGACAGUACCCGAAUUUCUCCCAGAGUAUUCCUAACGACUACCCUUUCAACCCAAGCAUUCAAUCGUCCACGUCUCCCUACACCUUAAAUCAAGGUUACGAAUUCAAUUCGACGCGCUCUCAAAAUGCUUCCGUUUCAAAUAAUUUCCUCCCGGGCUCAUCAGCCAUCCAGCAGCAGCAGCAUUUCAAAGGCGUCUCUACCCCCUACGACACAAGUUUCGCAAAUACUGUUGAUUCCAUGAGAACUCAACGUCCUGCAUUGUCGCUUUCUCCUCCGCCAAUAAUUGGCCCGACUUCUCUUAGUCUUCAAACAAAUGUAAUCUCAGACCGACCCAACGAGAGAGCGUCCUCGUCUGUUCGGGGUCCAAAAGGAAAGAGACCUCGAAUGAACGACCACAACUAUGAGGGCGGAGACGACGAGGACAUUGAUGCGGUGGAAGCGAAAGAGAAGGCUACAAAGCCUGGCGCUUGUCAGAGGUGUAAGACGUUGAAGGUCCGCUGUGAGUUCAAAACGGAUACCGAUCCUUGCAAACGAUGUCUGAAUGGUGGCCAUGAAUGCGUGAUUCCUGGACGGAAGAAACGCCGGACUCCUCCAAAACGGGAACAUCUUCUGAACGAGAUCCAAAAGCAGGCGGAUGAAAUCCAGAAACUGAUGGCCAAGCUGGCCAAGCUUGAGGAAGCCAACAAACAAAAAAUUUCUUUACAUUCCGCUGGAUUGUCUGAAUCUUCUUCACCGCCAAUAUUGUCGCCGUCUUCUACCCAUGAUUCUGCUUAUUUCAGCUCGGAUCUUGCUUCUGCGACUCAGGUUAGUCCUGGUGCCAAUCAAGACGUCGAGGAUUGGAUAGCCAAGGCUCGCGAAAGCUUGGCAGAGUUUGGAGGCUUCAUCGGUAUCGGUGGCGCCAGUAUGCCAAAAAGUUACAUCGUCGAGCAAGAUCCCGAGAGUCUUUCGGAUAGUGGAGGCGAUACGGACAGCAGUCUAGAUGCCCCUCGAAGCAACGGGGAAUAUGAAUUCGCCGUCGUAGACGAUGAGGGCGAAGAACGGAGUCCUCAGGGGUCGGAAAUUAAACGACCGAUGGGCAAGAGGUUGUCUAGUUCUAGUGCUGGGAGUAUCUCUGGCUUUAAGAAGAAAGAAUCAACUGGAAAAUCGGUCACCAUACCCAACGAAGCCGUUCCUUUUGGACUCAUGGCAGAGUUGAGCUACAAAAACAUCAGGGAACGGGGAAGUAAAUCUGAAGUAGAGACAGAUGAACCCGGAGCGGAAACUGGCGUUGCCAAUGCCAAUUUUUUUAGGCCUAGUCCUGGUCCUGACCCUGCCAGAACUCAAACGACAAAUCUUCCACAACUGCCACAUAUAUUGGCCAGGGGCAUAAUCACGCCAUCCGAUGCCGAAAAGCUGUUCAAAAUUUUCUUCGAUUUGGUCAAUCCUUCCGUUUCCAUCGUCGAUCCGGUGCUAUAUACCGCUCAAAAGACGGUCUAUCGUAGUCCUUUUCUUUUCACUACAAUAUGUGCUAUCUCGUCCCGGUUUUAUGACGAAAAACCUGGUCUAUAUGUUCAAAUCAUGAACUAUGCCCAACUGGCUGCAGGCACCGCUUUGAUUGGUGGUCCGAAGAACAUCGAAAUGUGUAUUGCUUACAUACUAUUGAGCCUAUAUCCGCCGCCUCUCAAACGGUGGGAGGAGUCUCGAGGAUGGCUAUAUCUGGGUGUAGCAAUCAGGAUCGCAACAGAACUAAACCUUCAUCUUCCUAAUACUGCUAAACCCCAGAAUGAAAUGCAUGCCCGCGAGCAACUUAAUCGGACGAGAGUUUGGCUGAACUGCUUCAAUUUAGACCGUAGUACUGGUUCUCAAAAUGGGAAGCCCCCUAUCAUCAGCAACAACGAUUAUAUAGCAAAUCAUUCAGAAGAUUGGUGGAAAUUAUCACCAUAUAACAUGAAAAAUUUCGAUAUUCAACUCUGCUGUUACAACUCAGAAUUAAAAGUCAUGUCGAAUUUCCGUUCAAAAAUCUACAAUGAUCCUGACCACGCAACAGGAUUAAACAAGGAUGUAGAUUUCGUCAAAAUCGCAGCGGAGACAGAUGAAGAAUUUCUUGCGCUUCAAACCAAAUGGUUCCCUAUCUUAGACGAGAACGUUGACAAGAAUGAUCCUCCUGGCCAUUUCCGUCUUGGUCUUUUGAAGUUGGCGUUUGGUUACGCCCGAUUAAUCGUGCUUUCAUACGGUUUUCAACAUGCAUUUGGGAAAAACAGUUCAAAUGACAACCCAUUUUUGGAUCGAUGCAUGAACGCGGCAAACGACAUCGUACAGACCAUGGUUGAGGAUAUCGGUCGUCCUGAGCAAAGAAUAUUCAUUCGUCACGGGCCAGAAGCACAGAGUGUUUUCGUCGCGUUUGCUGCUGCGUUCUUGGUCAAACUCCUUCAGCCUAAAUUCGCGGCUUAUAUCGAUGCCUCAAAACGUGCCGCUAUACGUUUCCGUGUCCAGAGCGUCAUUGAUUUUUUCAGUACCCCCGAAAUUGCUAUCGACAAUCGUCACGGUCCCAAGUUAUACGCUCGUUUUUUAAAAAGCCUAAUUGCCUCGCCCAUGGUUGCUGAACUGAACUCUCCGGGUCAUAACAAGUUUCGAAGGAAAUCGAAUCGCAACAAAUCGUCAACCCCCAAUGCCGAAUCCGAAUCCGUUGAUUAUACUAGCAAUGGUAUUAAUCAUACAUCAGCGUAUGCGUCACCUGCGACUACUACGCAUUCCCUGUCACCCCCGCCUUCUACAGCGGCAAUGUCGUUUGAUCAAUUCGCACCAUCUGGUGGUGCCAUUGAUCCGUUUGUGCCCGACAAUGUCGCAUUGCAAGGAUCUGCCUAUGAUCCAAACGUCAUGGACUACCUGGGAUCUAUGCCAAGCGACGACGAGCUGAUGAGGUUCCAUUCCAUGAACGACCAAUCGAUAUGGCAAGAUGUAACCGUCUCUGGUUACAGCUGGCUUGCCCAGUUUCAAAAUGAGGUAGAGAGGUCAGAGCCCAUGACGGACAUAUACUCGAAUCAGAUGCAGUACGCUUGAUUUUGAUCUCUCUCUCUUGGUGUACAUAUCGGUUUGAGUAUGUCUCUGUUGUAAACUCUAGUUCACAUCGAAUGAUACGUUCAAAAUUAUUUCAUACUCUACUCAUGUACAGUAAAAUUUUCCUUAACAAAACCAUAAUGAAAUGAAUCUAU